AUCAUUUUGAGUUUGACAACUAAGUUAAAAAAAAACAAUAGCGAACUUUUGUAACAAUGGCAGAUCCUAGAAUUCGUCAAAUAAAAAUAAAGACCGGCGUUGUGAAACGCAUAGCUAAAGAGAAAGUAGUGUAUGAGAAGGAGGCGGAACAGCAGAAGAAUAGAAUACAGAAGUUAAAAGACGAGGGUCAGGACGAGCACAACAUUCGGAAGCAAGAAGAAGUGCUUCAAGAGUCGCUGAUGAUGGUACCAGAUUGUCAAAGACGACUGGUGAAAGCAUUCAGUGACCUCAAGAACACAUUAGAAACAGAGCAGGAUCUCAAAGAACACGAGGAUUACGUAGCAGCGGAGCAAGUACUCAAGGACGCUGAGAGCCAACUCCCAGAGACAGGGGCUUUAUAAUAACAAUACAAUAUUUUUCUACUAAUUUUAUAAUAAUACACAAUCAUGUCUUAUAAUCCUAAUUUUUAUAAUAAUUUUUGCGGAAACAAUUCUACAUUCCAAAGUUUGCCACCUAAUUAUGUGCCACCUCCUCCGCAACCACCUGCAUACUUCAUACCUGCCUCCACUCCUGCUGCCAAACGAGAGAAGCAAGAUCAGGAGUUCCUAAAAACCUUUGAGAAGAGGAUUCCAGUUAGAGAGCUCACUCAGAUUAAUGUAAAACCGCUGUCAAUAUCUGAAGUUCGGGAAAAGAUACGCAAAAUGGUUAUCACUGUAAAUGAAUUGAAGGCUAAAGAGAAAAUGCUUAGCAAAAACAUAAGUACAUUGUCUGAAGAUGAGUGGAGAUCUAACAUGAAAGAAGUGGAGGAAAACCAAGCUCUGAUUAAUAAAACCCUGACUAUACUCAAUGGUCCGUACUUAGACUUACUACGGAAGCUUCUAGCGAAGAGGGCAGCCAAGAGAUUGCGUCUAAGGAAAGCUAACAUGGACAGGAAGAGAGAGAAGGAAGAAAGAAUGAAAGAGAUGAAAGAGCGGUCUCGGAAGAUUGAUGAGAACUUGCAGAAAAUCAAAGAUGACAUCAAUAAAG